CCCAAAAGAAGUCUGUCGUGAGCAGAGGACCAGUGCGAUGCUACUGCUUGCUGUCGCGCUGUCUACGCUUGUCUUAGUCGGUGUAAAAUCAGACGGACCGAGAAUAACAUCACCGAAAGAUGAAACAGUUGUGCAAAAAGGAGAAACAAUUACCGUUGUGUGCGAAGGAGAAGGUGACUUGAAAUGGGAAUAUCCUGAAUACAGCGGAUCAAAGGUGAAUGUAACCAAUGAGCACCACAAGACAAUUCUGAAGAGAUAUCAAGCUAAUUAUCUAGAUGUUGGGUAUUACAUAUGCUACACAGAAAAUAACUACAAUAAAAUAAAAAAUCAAGUAUAUAUUUAUGUGAAAGAUGAACAGCAACCAAUUGCUAUGGCAACUAAAAGAAUAUUUGUGACCGUUGAACCAUCAGGAACUGUCAUAGUACCCUGCAGACCUACAUCUCCAGAUGUCAAAUUGCACCUUAUUAAACUAGAAGAGGCUGCGGAGGUUCUCCCUGAAGAUGACGAACGAAUCACUGUCAGUAAGGAAGGCUUUGUUAUUCACAGUGUAUCUUUGACUGACAAUGGAAAUUAUGCAUGCUGUCUAUAUGGGACAGAUGGUCAAUGUGAUGAAACACAUAGUUACGUCAUUAGUAUAAACGUGAAAAAGACACUUGGUUCCUUACCUUUGCCUGAAGUGUUUGGUCCAAAACAUGCAGUUGUUGGCAGUACUGUAGCAAUGUUUUGCAAUGUCACAACAUUGGCAUCAGCUCAGCUUCUACAACUGAAAUGGAUAGUAUUGAAUGAGACUUACAUUAAGACUGGCCAUGUAAAAACAAAGUCAUUAGAAAGAACACGAAAUUAUGGGGGUGUAUCAGAAAAUGUUUACGAAGAGGUAAUAAUUAUCUCAAAUAUCACAACUGAUGAUGCAGGAGCCUAUACAUGUGAGGUCAGAAAUGAUAAAAAUGCACAGAACAAAUCUAUAGUGCUCCAUGUGCGUGGUGAUUCUUUUGUUGAUGUCUCAUUUUCUGCCACAAAGGACAUAACUGUAGAUGAUGGAGAAAAUGUUACAUGGGUGGCAUAUGUUGAUGCAUUUCCAAACAAAUUUUCUGUUGUGUGGAAGAGUCCACAGGAUAAAGAAAUUGAUCCUGUUUUGCGAUAUUCUCUAAUUACAAACAGCAAAGAAAUCAAGUUUUCUAUUCAAAAUGUAACAACCAAGGAUCAGGGUAGAUACACAGUGGUUGUUCAAAAUUCAGGAAGUGAAUUCAUUUCAUAUCCAACACUGACAGUACGUGGUAAGCCAACAACGUGGAUUGUCAACAAUCAGAAGAAAAUAUUCUUAGCUGAAAAAGAAACAUACAUAGUGAAGUGUGAGGUGGCUAGUGGUUCCAGCUUUGUUAUUGUUUCCUGGAAUUUUACUUCAUGCACUAGUGAAUCUGCUUGCACAACCAAAUAUUUAGAAACAGAGCAAAGGAAUAAUGCAGAUGGUGUGAGGAAUGGAUCUUUUCUGACUUCCACGUACAAAUUUUCAUGUGAAAUACCAGGAAAUCUGUCUUGUAUUGCUUCAGAUGACUAUGGAAUAGGCAGCAACACCAUUGAAAUUAUUUGUGAAGGUGUUACAAAUGCUGAAGCUCUUACAGCUGGUGUGGUGUGUGCUGCGUUUGUACUUAUUAGCAUUGUAGCUGUCCUAGCAUUUAAACUGAUAAAAGAGAAGAAACUACGAAAAAAAUUAAGUGAAAUUGGCCUUGAAAAUUUUGUGGAAGGAGCACCAGAAAGUAUGAAUCCAAAUCUUCCUCUGGAUGAACAGGCAGAGUUACUGCCAUACAAUAAAAUUUGGGAGUUCCCCCGUGAAAAAUUAAAAUUUGGGAAGCAACUAGGUUCUGGAGCUUUUGGUGUUGUAGUAAAGGCUGACGCAUAUGGUAUUCUUGAACCUGACAAAAUCACGACAGUAGCAGUGAAGAUGGUAAAACAGAAUGUUGAUAUCACAUACAUAAAAGCUCUUGCUUCAGAGCUUAAAAUUAUGUGCCAUCUUGGGAAACAUCUGAAUAUUGUGAAUUUAUUGGGUGCUUGUACUGAUAAUCUUUCCAAAAGAGAGCUUCUGGUAAUUGUAGAAUAUUGCAGGUUUGGUAAUUUGCACAGUUACCUGAUUCGCAAUCGAAAGAACUUUAUAGAUCAAAUAGACCCAGGAACAGAUAGCAUAGACCCAAGUAUCUGCAUAGAAAUAUUAUCACGGCCAGAAAACAGUCAAGGAUCAAGUAGGUCAAAAUCCAGGUCUUCAAUAUCUUCAGAUACCCAUCAAUCUAACAGCAACAGCGGUGUGAGGUAUAUUCCAUCAUCCACAAGUGAUACAAGUGAACAUGGUCAAGUCAGUUUCAACCCAAGUGUGAGUGGUGGCAGCAGACCACAAGAAUGGUGCUAUUAUUAUAAGUGUGAUGAUGCUGGUAAAGUGAAUCCAGUAUGUACGCAUGACCUUGUAUGCUGGUCAUACCAAAUAGCUAAUGGAAUGGAUUACUUAGCUCAGAGAAAGGUGUUACAUGGAGACCUGGCAGCUCGAAACAUUCUACUGGCCGACGGGAAUGUUGUGAAGAUCUGUGAUUUUGGUUUGGCAAAGAAUAUGUAUCGUUCCAACAUAUACAAAAAGAAGAGUAGUGGACCACUGCCAUUUAAAUGGAUGGCUAUAGAAGCCAUAAAGGACCGCAUAUUUUCAACACAAUCAGAUGUGUGGUCCUAUGGUGUGACUCUGUGGGAGCUCUUUUCUUUGGCAACGACACCAUACCCAGGCAUGGAGCCAGAUGAGAGAUUACUUCAGAGGUUGAUUAAUGGCUACCGAAUGGAAAAACCACAAUAUGCUACCAACAAAAUAUAUGAGAUUAUGCUGAGCUGUUGGCACACUGACCCUAAUAAAAGAGUGACUUUCUCGCAGUUGGUUGAAGAGUUUGGAAAUAUCCUGGGAGAGAGAACCUUAACUCAUUAUCAUAACUUAAAUGAUGAAUACAUCAGCAUGAGUCCAAAACCAGGAUCUAAUGGAGAUGACUAUCUUGCCAUGGCUGCUGCACCUGAUUAUAAUAAAUUACUAUCACCAGUGGAAGGUGAAAAUCAUUCAUAUAUAAAUAGUAACCCAUUGUCAAGUGAAAAUCCUGAAAUUGAACAUAUAAGAGACUACACUGAUAUGAACUGUGCAUCACCCUCUGGUUAUGAUGUCAGCAGUAUUGAUACAGGCUUCCACAGUGAUGGUUCACAGAAUACAACAUAUGAAGCCAGAGAUGAUAACAGCAACAAAACUGCGAAGCUGGCAAAUGUUAAAUUAUACUCUCACACAAAAGAUUCUCAGAAAGAUACUGAAAAGCAAAAUAUUUCAUCAGAAAAUAAUGGAAUCUCAAACCCUGCAUAUUUUCACACCUCAUUGUAAUUCUCAUUACUCUCUGAGUAAUCUGCAUGGAUGACUGUAAUACAGAUGUUUUGGGUUUGAUUCCUCAUACUGCCAGGAAUUUUUCCUUGGUGCGACGUAAAGGGUGCACUCAGCCUCAGGAAACCAACUGAAGAGCUACUUGACCAAUUACUAGGGGUGCCAAGAUCAAGAAGUCCAACAAUGACUGGGAAAAUGGUGUGCUGACCACAUGCACCUCCAUAGUGCAUGCAAUGCCACCAAUGGUAAAGGAUGACUUGGUGGUUAGUCAGGCCCAGUUGGCCAAUCUAGGAAUGCAGAACCUUACUUUUUUAUAAUUAGAAAUGGAAGUAUAUUUCCUUGGUUGCUUAGAUGAAUGAAAUAAACAUCUCUCAUUCAUUAUUUUAGCAUGUGUGUUGCUUACUUUCAGUUGCCAGUAAACAGUAUUGUGUAUUGUGUCUUUUUAAAAGAUAUUUAUUUUAUAGGAGAAACAUCUGAUGUUUAGAAGUAUUUGAUGUUUUAUUGUAGUUUAUGAU